AUGUGGAAUAAGGAGCCAAUCGGUGUGAAAAAUCAUUACAGACAGCUUUCUUCCCAAUUAGAAAACGAAUUAACUGAAAUUCGUAGAGAAAACCUUGUUUAUAUUGAUAAUAACGAAAGCAAUUAUAAGAAAAGAAGACGAACAACGAAAACGACUCAAAAUCAAAUCUCGAUUUCAGAAGGAAUUGUUUCCAUCAAUUAUAAUAAGAAAAGAAGACGAACAACGAAAACGACUCAAAAUCAAAUCUCGAUUUCAGAAGGAAUUGUUUCCAUCAAUUAUAAUGGUGGUGAUGUCAGUGAUGAAAGUGAUGAAAGUGAUAAUAAUGUUAAUAUCAGUGAUAAUAAUAAUAUUAAUGGUGAUAAUUUCAAUAACUUUGAUAAUCUCAAUUUUAAUGAUGUGAAUAUUCCAGAGCCAUAUUAUAUCCCUGAUCAAUCAAAUUCACCAGUUCAACCAAACGAGAACUCAAGGUGUUUCAUUCUUGUUAAUAAUGAUAAUAAUACGUAUUGCAUUUAUUACAUUUAA